UCGAUUGAAUGUAGAAAAUAAUGUGCUUACAGCGACGUUUAAUUAUAAUUAUUGUCGGUAUUAUCGCGAUUACAAUAGUACUCUUUUUCUUGUUUCAAAUAUAUUUGCAGUAUUACGAUUAUACUUGAUUUCCAAAAUUCCUUGAAAUUUCCAAAGAUCAUGUGCUGGAACCUUCGUAAUGCAAUACUAUUUUGUGUUUCUAUAACGGUUUUGAAAAUUCUCGUUAUCCUAUAUUUCGUGAUAAAACGCCGGGAUGGUCAAAUUACUAGAUCUAAGUGAUAUCAUAUUCAUAUGGAAAGAGUCUUUCAAUACCUGUCGCCCCAAAAUGCGGUCGAUGGCUGUUACACCCCUUCAGUUGAUAAAUUGUGUUGGUCAACAACGCAUCGAGAAUCGGUAGAAUACCUUAACCCACUGAAACUGAUAGUACAUUAACCCAUCACCAUGUGCAACGCUCUCUGUGAAUGCCUGAAAUGUCCCGGCAAAGUGGUUUGCUGCUGCUGUUCGUGCGCCUGCAAGAUGCUCCUGAGCAUCGUGUUCUCUGCGCUCCUCAUGGUCGUGGUUAUCGGCCUGAUUGUCUACUUCACUGUCUACUAUCACAAGGAUAAGGAUACGGCCGAAGUGCAGAAUCAGGUCGCUAAAAUGGCGCCCAUUGUGAAGCGCAGCAUACGCGACUACUUUAAUAAGGAGUACUAAGCUGUGGAUAUGAAUUUAAACUAUAAUAGGCUAUAUAAAUUAAUAAUAAUUCAGUAAAAAAACGAAAC